AUGCUGAGCGUGAUCCGAGUGCAUCUACCUUCCGAAAUUCCCAUUGUCGGCUGUGAAUUAACUCCUUACGUCCUUGUUCGCCGUCCAGACAAGACCGCCGCUACUGAAGAUGUGCCGGAAUCGGCUCCUCUCGAAGGCUACUUUUUGAGAUACAGAUGGUUUCGUGUACAGAGUGAUAAGAAAGUAACGAUUUGUAGUGUUCAUCCAACUGAACAAGCCACCUUACAAUGCGUAUUCUGUUCAAAGCGUAGAGCACUUGUUGGGAAAAGCUAUCACUGUUCUCCAAAAUGCUUUACGGAUGCGUGGCAGCAUCACAGGACUUUACACGAGCGAGCAGCUGCCGAAAACGGAAACGAGGAAGAUGAUUUAGUCAGAGGUGCUGGGGUUCUGGCCGGUAGCUUGUCCGGGUCUAUGUCUAAUCUUAAUAUUGCCAAUAAUGGCCCAACGCCUUUUUAUCCUUCUAAUAUUGCGCAGAAGAAUGGAGGAGAGACGCUAAUCGAGGUCGGGGGUUUCAAAACAUACACACCGACAUCUGAUGAUAUUGGCUAUGUUUUGAAGUUCGAGUGUGUUGUCGCUAAUUCAGAGACUAAACAGUCUGUGGGACAUCCUAGUACCAUUUUGACUUCACGGGUUAUUCCUGCUCCUUCUCCUAGUCCUCGUAGGCUUAUCCCUGUCAAUGGAGUUGAUGUGAUGGGUCACUUAGAUCAAGAUGGUCGGAUUCAGUCUGCAGGAUCAUUCACUGUUUUGUCAUAUAAUAUUUUAUCAGAUACUUCUGCAAAUAGCGACCUAUACAGUUACUGUCCUCCUUGGGCUCUUUCUUGGCCAUACCGCAGACAGAAUUUGUUAAGGGAGAUUGUUGGUUAUCGUGCUGAUGUAGUUUGCCUACAAGAGGUACAAAGUGACCACUUCCAUGAAAUUUUCGCUCCUGAGUUGGAUAAGCAUGGGUAUCAAGCUCUUUACAAGAGGAAGACUAAUGAGGUUCUCAGCGGAAGUACAAGUGUGAUUGAUGGCUGUGCAACAUUUUUCCGACGGGAUAGAUUUUCAUUUGUCAAGAAAUAUGAUGUUGAAUUCAAUAAGGCUGCUCAGUCUUUGACGGACGCUGUAGUCCCUCCUGCCCAGAAGAGAGCUGCUUUAAACCGACUACUUAAGGAUAACAUUGCGUUGAUAGUUGUUCUUGAAGCAAAAUUUGGCAAUCAACCUGCUGAUUCUUCUGGGAAGCGCCAACUUAUUUGUGUGGCAAACACACAUGUUAAUGUUCAACAAGAACUGAAGGAUGUGAAGAUGUGGCAGGUUCAUACCUUAUUAAAGGGGUUGGAGAAAAUAGCUGCUAGUGCCGAUAUUCCUAUGCUUGUGUGUGGAGACUUCAAUACGCUUCCCGGAAGUUGUCCUCAUUCACUUCUUGUAAUGGGAAAGGUUGAUACUACACACCCAGAUCUGUCGGUUGACCCCUUUGGAUUCCUGCGUCCGUUUACCAAAUUGACUCAUCAACUGCCACUGGUGAGCGCAUACUCAUCGUUUGUGAGACGGGAAAUGGGUCUUGGAUUGGAACACCAUAGAAGGAGAAUGGAUCUUAAUACAAACGAGCCUAUGUUUACCAAUUGUACAAGGGAUUUCAUUGGCACUCAUGACUACAUAUUUUACACAGCGGAUACAUUAAUGGUGGAAUCUUUAUUGGAACUACUGGAUGAAGAUGGAUUGAGAAAAGACACAGCUCUUCCUUCCCCAGAAUGGUCUUCUAAUCACAUUGCUCUCUUAGCUGAAUUUCGAUGCAUGCCUAGAAGCAGACGCUAA